ACAGUUCGUCAGCAUUUUUUCUCGAGAAAACGUGAAUGCCCAGUAGGCUGUAUGAAAAUAAUUAAAAAUAAUAAGAAAAAUGCUUUAAAAUUAAACAAAAAAUAAAGCAAAGUAUUUAACCAUAAAUACCACACAUUAAAAAUAUAAAAUUUUCAACAAAUAAAUGAAUUUAAAACUAAAAAAGUGAAUUGUAAAAUUGCUAGAAUAUUUCGUCACAGAUAAUUGGAAAAAGAACAAGCAUUGAAAAAAAAAUACCACUACAUUCUCACUCGCUGAAACGCCAUUACCCACCAAAAAAUAUAAACAUAAACAAACAGAAAAGCCAAUAGCAAAACAUAAACAAUGGGUCGCCGGUGUUGUAUUGCCGGUUGUACUUCAACGUCACGCUUGCCGGAACAUCAUGGUGUUACUUAUCAUUCCUUUCCCUCUGACCAAAAUGCACGCUCUAUUUGGAUACGCAACACAAAAAUAAGUGCUGAUCGCCACAUUACCAAAAGUGUUUUAGUAUGCUCCCGGCACUUUCGUCGUGCCGACUUUCAACCACAGCGCAGUGGUAAAUAUUUGCUAAAGCAAAAAGUGUUUCCUACGGUCUUUCCCUGGGGUAAAAUUGAUGCUGCGCAAAUUGAAGAGGAUCUGGAGUUUUUAAAUUCUACGGGUACGGCGGCCCCCAGCAAUUUAUUGACCACCUCCUCCUCCACGGUAGAUGAAGAUACCAAAGCAACUGUGGCGGCCACAGUAGCACAAAUUAUGGCUCAAACAGCCGAACUAAAUGCAGCCGCUGGCAUUAAAGUGGAAAAAGUUGAAGGAGUUUUAGAGGAAUCUUUCACUGAGACUUCUGUGGCGAAUCCAGCAACACCUCCAAAUGUUAAAUUUGAACCAGUUACAUCUUUUAACCCCGGAGCCCGUUUGGAGGCCCAAGAUUUUGAUGGUGUCUGGCAUUCAGCCCGUAUUGUUGAAGUCGACAAUGAUGAUCGUGAGGUUUUAAUUAAAUUCGAAAAGACUGGUAAAAAUAAAUCCAAUAUGGCGGGCACUGAAGAAUGGAUCCCCAUGAAUUCUUCUCGUCUAAGACAGCGCAUUUCAACCAAACCUAUUCUAAACUUCGAAUUGGAAGAAAAAUGCUUGGCACGUUGGUCGGGUCCUCGAAAAUUUCCUGGCACUGUUAAGAAAAUUCUACCUAAUGAUAUUUAUGAGAUUUUAUUCGAUGAUGGCUAUAUUAAGAAUGUGCGUGCUAUUCAUAUGAAUAAAGUACAGUUGUCGAGUGUGUUAGAACCAGAAGUGGUAGAGAGUAGUGUACCAUCAGAUGUACCAGCUGAAUUGCCAGUUGAUCCUGUUGUCUUAGCUGCAACCCAAGCACCUUUGCCUGUUACACCCACAGUGCCGGCAGUGAAAAGACCUUCAUCCGGUCAAAAUUCUGGUUCCCAGCCUAAAAAGAAAGCACCCAAUGGUCCCAGAAAAGAUUGGCCUUUGUUGGAUUUGUCCAAAUUGGAUUUAUCGUCCCUUAAUCUCCCGGAAAUACCCAAAGAUGGUGAAUGGACUUGUCAUUGGGUUAACGAUCAACCGAUUGGUCGUGAAGGUUUUUUGGUAGUAGGUGAGCAUCGUAAACCCACGGUUAUAGUAGAAGAUUGGCGUUUACCUCCCGGCUGGGUAAAGCAUAUGUAUCAACGUUCUAAUGUUUUGGGAAAAUGGGAUGUUAUAUUGGUCACUCCCAACGGCAAACGUUUUAGAUCAAAAGCUGAUCUGAAAACCUAUUUAGAGGAGCAGGGUCAAGUAUAUAAUCCAGACAUCUAUGACUUUAGUAUACACCGCAGACGAGCCAAAGAUAUUAAUUGUUAUGCACACACUCCUGAUUAUGUGCCACAACAGCCGGUUAAAUCCAAAUCAUCGCUAAAUACUUCCUUAGACACUAGUUUGGAAUCAAAACCAGCUACUAUAGUGGGACCAUUGCCGUCUGCUGUUUCCUCUCCAUAUAUGGAGACACCCAUAGCAGAACCAUUGCCUCCCAUAGAACUAUUGACCACAUCUUCUAGCAGUUUGGCCGCUGAAGAUAAAAGCGUGACCCAAGUAGAGGCUGAGGUACCAAAACAACUUUUAGAAUCGGCUGAAGUUAGUUCGACUCCAACACCCACCUCUACGCCCACGGUGGGUUUGAAAGAGGAGCCAAUGGUUUCUUCAGACUGUGGUACACCCACGCCUGUAGUUGCCUCUGCUGCUUUAGCAGUAACAGCUGUAGUGGAACCAAAAAAGGUGGAUGACGGAUAUGCUAUGGUUGGGGGCCUAAAAGUGCAGAUCAUCGAUAAUCUAUUUCGUUGUCCCCAAGAGGGCUGUUCAAAGAAUUUCCGGAAAGAAAACCAUUUGCAAAUUCAUGUUAAGCAUUAUCAUCGGAAUUUAAUCAAAUUACUCGGCUCCUGCCCUAAAAUGCUAGAACUGGCUGAAAAACGCACACAUCCCGUUAACAAUGAAGCCUUUGAGCCGGCACCUAAAAAUCAAAUACCCAACCAGCAAUUCUUUGCUAAAUUACAUCAACAAGAUCUAGAACAAACUAGGGCACAUCGCAGAAGUACGGGCGCCCUAAAGACCUCUGUGGAUGCUUUACCAGUCGAAAUUAAAACAGAACAAUUGGAGGAAAGCACAAUUAAAGUUGAAGAUACUAUGGACACUUCACAAAAUGAUUCUUCCAUUAAUACACAAUCUACAGCGGUUUUAGAAAGUUCUUUUGCCUCCAACAGUGCAGCCGAUGAUACAGUGGCCACAGAGUUAGGUGGGACAGAAGCACCACCCCUUAAACGUUCUAGAUUUUCACCCAGCAAAAGAACACCCGGCUCUAGGAAAAGUAAUCGUCAAAGAACCACUAGGAAAUAUCUUACUGCGGCACAAGCAGCCGCCGGAGUGGUGGCUACAACCUCCUCCGCCACUCCUUUACCAGUGGCUACUGAUUCUAGCUUCAGUGGUGUGGCUGAAUUUGAGGAGACCCGUCAUUCCUUCAAUGCUACGCCAGAAAUUAAUAAAGACGUCAAGAAACGUAAACCAGUUUUACCCUCCAAUACUCCCCUAAGUAGUGUUGACUCGCCCAUAACCGCAGAUUCUGGAUCAAAUUCGUUCCAGCCACAAAAUUCCACCGAAAACGAGGCUAUUAUCAAUCAACCUCCCCAAUAUAUCAAAGAAAAUGGUGAAUUAAUUAAAAUCGUACACAUGCGUCAAGAGGAAAUCAUCAAUUGUCUGUGUGGCUAUUGUGAGGAAGAUGGUUUGAUGAUUCAAUGUGAAUUAUGUCUCUGCUGGCAGCAUGGCCUAUGCAAUGGCAUAGACAAGGUGUCACAAGUUCCCGAUAAAUAUGUCUGCUACAUAUGCCGCAAUCCCCAAAGAAGCCGUGAAUCCUUACGUUUCAAGCAUGAUCAAGAUUGGCUGUAUGAAGGCAAACUACCGGUAGCCAACUUCCAUGCUUCCAACAGCAGCCAACUAAACAAAAGAUCUGAAUAUCUCAAACGUUCUCAUACUCUAACCGGCAAUAUAUUGGAAUUGAAAAACUAUAUGCAUUCGCUUAGAGUUAAAAUCAAUAUAGCCAAUAACAAAGGUCAUCCCAAACUCUAUUUGUGGGCUAAAAAGUGGGAUGAGGAUGUUAUUUCCGAAAUAAAGAAUGAAAUUAAACAUGAAACUGAGGAUGAUAACAAAAUAAAUAAUGCCAGCAGUUUACCUCUAACACCCUCAAAGAAAAUCAAAUCUGAACCCACUACUCCGGCCAGGCUGGUGCCCAAUAUACCACAGCCAGAGGCACCCAUAGAUCCCAUUGAGUGCCAGCAGCGUUUAAUGGAACAUAUAAAGAUACAACAGGAAUUGGUAAUGGGUCGUUUAAGUGACAUAGAAGCAGCCAUAGAUGUUUUGGAAAGUGAGGAUGAUUUGCCCGAUUUACGUAUGGACGAUUUGGGUGCCACCAAAGAUGUUUUGGCUGCUUUUAUCAAGGAAUUGGAGACGGUUAAACAAAUUGCCAAACUAAACAGUUUGGAACACACUAAAUUGGCUUAUAAGCAUCCCUUACAUGUAGCUAAAUAAUAUGCUGCAAUGGAGUAACUUCCUUUUAUCAAGGAAUUGUUUUUAAUAUUUAGUUAGGUAUACUUAAUUUUUUUGCUUAGUUUUUAUAAUUCAUUCAUAAUCGUUUUUAAUCUGCUAGCUUUUUAAAAGCUAUAUUUCCUUGUACAUUUUAUUCCAUUAUUUUGUUUGAAAUUGAUGAAAUAAAUUUAAAUAAAAACCCCUUCCCCGCUAAGAAA